UCUACGCCUUUACAUCUUGCCGCAGGCUACAACAGAGUUCGGAUAGUUCAGCUGCUGCUUCAGCAUGGUGCUGAUGUUCAUGCAAAAGACAAAGGUGGACUUGUGCCUCUUCAUAAUGCAUGUUCAUAUGGACAUUAUGAAGUCACAGAACUGCUACUAAAGCAUGGAGCCUGUGUUAACGCCAUGGAUCUCUGGCAGUUUACUCCUCUGCAUGAGGCUGCUUCCAAGAAUCGUGUAGAAGUCUGCUCUCUGUUGCUUAGCCAUGGUGCUGAUCCUACACUGGUCAAUUGCCAUGGGAAAAGUGCUGUGGAUAUGGCGCCAACUCCUGAGCUCCGGGAGAGAUUGACUUGUAU